UCUGGCAGUUCUCCUAGGGGUGAGGUUUUGUCACUGCUUUUGUUUGGCUUCAUCUUUUAAAGGGUAACUUAAUCGUAAAAUGCACUGCUAUGUAUCUUUGGAAGCGGGUUUCUGUGCCAAAAAAAAAAAAAAGGCAAGUCUAAUUAGAAACACCCAUCACAACCCCCCAGUUCUCUGAGGUUUUCUGCCAACUGGAGGCUGCGGAUGAGCAACAUUGCAGCUAGGCAACUGGAAAAGGCUCCGUUUUGGCCCCAGCUCCGUGGAGGCUUUCUUCCAAGUUAUGCUUGUAAGGAAUGCGCGAGCGUUUUCACUUCGAAAAGGAAGACUUCCUUGAAUUCCGAGAGUGUCUCAAUACUUAAGGCGCAAGAUCAACAAAGACUAAGAACCGGAGUGGCUGAAAGCCUUCCUGGCAUGAAAUCUCAAUGACAGGAAAGGGAUGGUUGCUUAACGAUGAGUUCUUGACGACAGAAACCACAGCAGCUACGUUCCCACAAACAGCACCACCAAAAACAAAGCACAUUUGGGUUCUCCGUGACACGUGAACCUCCGGCUAGUGAAUAUAUUUAUAUGACGUGCUUGUGGGCAAAUGACUCUUCUUAUUCCUCGGGCUCACGUUUCUAGGCUUUUACGACCUACUGAGCCACACACCAAGCGCGGAGGAGGAUACGUUCGCGAGAUGCGUUCGAAUUAAAAACGCGGGUUGGCCCGCUUGGGGUGCAUCCUGACGUGCAAGCAACCUUCCCGCUCUUUUUAAAUGUGCCACAUCCUUUCCUUUUGGGGCGGGCAUCCGCGCGGGCGUAGAACGGCACCCUCCACCCGAAACGUGGAAAGCGAACUCGCGCGUUUCCGCGCCUCUAGCCAGCCGCUUGGUGGGCGGCCUAUCUGUUUCCGCGCGGGGCCCGGAGUCGGGGGCGAGCGAUUCGGUCCGAGCGCGUCCUCAGCGGCGGAGGCUGAAGGAGGCGGCGAUAGCGGGAAAAGAAGAGCCUGGCUGUCUUCCUCGAGAGAAGACGAAGGGGGAGGGACGGAAACCCAUAAGGAAACCGCAAGGGGAUGGCCCGAGAGGCGAGCGAGUUCUCAGGACAGGCAGGGCGGCAACCGAUUGCAACGAUGAGCGAGCUUAUUCACGCGUUCUCUUUUCCGGAGCGCCCGUGCCUCUCUCUCGAUUUGUCUGCCUUUCUUGACUUGCUUUCCUUCUGAAUUUUAAUGCCGAGCUGAGCCCUGGUGUUGAAAACAAGUUCCAGAGCUGAAAUCCGCAGAGACCUUUCCAGCCAUCAGGUUUUUCAUUGGGUCCAAAGUAUAAGCCGAAAAGCAUUUUUGGAGAAAGAUACCAUGAUAAAUGAAUUCAUACAUUUCUAAGAAAAGAAGCAUGAAUUAAUUACUCCUCAGAUACUCCUUCGAGCCUGGAGUUACUGUUUGGCGGGCCUCGUCUCCACAUGGAUGUGUUUUCCAGUUAACACAGGGAUGAAAAGGAAAACGGCACUUUCAUGGAAUCCAGUAAAACAGAGCAAAAUUUCUCCCUGCGAUCGAUAUAAACAUGCUUGCUGCAUCUGUAGGGGGUUCCUUUAUGUUUAUGGUGGCCGGAGAAAUACUAGCUUGAGUGAUUUCUGGAGAUUCAAAAUAGUGAGCAAUGAAUGGGAGAAACUGGACAAUUCAAACGAUGGCCCGGAAGAACUGGAAGAGCACACAAUGGUGGAUUAUCAGGAUAUCCUGUAUAUCUUUGGUGGAAUGGUGGAUUCAGCUUUCACACAGAAGAUAAAUCCUUUAUGGAUGUAUGACACAGAUGCAACCAAGUGGAUACCCUGCCGCCUCCCAGCAGUAGAGGGUGAGCUUCAAGUUCCUGUUAAUCGGAAGGGCCAUAGUGCAGUAGUCUACAGGGGCAACAUGUAUAUAUAUGGGGGAUACAUUGACAUUAAAGGUGCUUCCCAAGAAUUCUGGACCUUUAAUUUUGAUACAAAACAAUGGGCCCCUGUAUCAGUUGCAUCCAGUGGAGGUAGCCCAGGUCCCCGACAUGGUCAUUCUGCUGUGGUUUAUAGCAAUGGCAUGUACUUGUUUGGAGGAUUAAUGGGACUGAGCGAACAGAAGGACUUCUGGAUGUGGGAUUUUAUAGCCACCAACUGGUCCAGUAUCAGGAGAAGCCAGGGACCUCCAAGAGUGGUGGGCCAUUCUGCUUUAAUCUUGGAAGAUUCCAUGUUAGUCCUUGGCGGAGGCCUUUCUAGCACUAAGCCAAAUAGUACUUUGUGGCAUUAUCAUUUUCCAUCUCAAAUGUGGGAAAAAUUGCCUAGCCCAGCGGCACUUUCAUCCAAAGCAUACCAUCAGAUGCUGGCAACUGGAUUUGGUUUCCAACGGGCUGCUGAUUGCCCACUGAGAUCCCUUGGUUGCCAGAAGCCUAAAGAAAAGGGUUGUUCCAAGCUACUGACUCUUUCUAAACAGCACACCUGUUUCUGUGAGCAUCUUCGCAACGAGCCUACAUACCAGAUACUCAACAAUGAGGGUGGCUCCGACAUAGAAAUGAAAACUUUUUGCCAGUCUUCAAGGGAUUCUCUAGAAUUCUCUUCCUAUCAAACCACAUCCAAUGCAGAAUUGAAUUCAGAUCCGGCAGCAGAGUGGCUGUGUAAAGAAAGAACCUCGUAUCUCAACAUUGCCAAGGAACAUCUCAACAUUGCCAAGGAACAGGACUUUGCCACCAUGGAUCUAACAGAUGGAGGGUCAAGUUUGGGCUCGCUGAAAAAUGAAUGUGGAGACAUUUGUGAAUCCUCUGUUGUGAUGCUACUUGUUGGCGGUAGACCUCUUUCCAGCUCCUCUACAAUCUUAUUUUGGCAAAUUGAACUAAACAGAACUUAAAUACCAGACAUGCCUAGGCUCAGUGAAGUCAGCACCUAAGAAGAACCACUUGACAGUUCUUGGUUACAACUGCAUCAUGAAACCUAAAUUCACAUUUUGGAUGACCCUGAAAUACACGGAAAUCCAUAAAACAUUUAGCGUGAGAUUUUUUUCAGCUCUUUGCUGUGUAGGCAACUUGGGUCUGCAGAUGUAGAUGAGGCGCCAUGAUUAGGAAGCAGCAACAGCAGUCAUUGGUUGCAUUCAUUUCUUUAUGUGUGUGUGUGCACCAUUUCAAAGCCCUUUGCAAAUUGCCUGUAUAAAGGAUGCAGUAAAAUAAUUCCCAGGACUAGCUAGGUAAUCAUAAUUCAAUUCAGUGGCUGUGUUGGCAUGACAGGCUUACAUGCUUAUGGAAGGAAAACUUAAAAUUUAACCAUCAUUUAUUCAGCAAACCCAAUAUUCUACAUUUGCACUGCAAACUAAUCUUGUGGAUUCUGAUUAGUUAGAUUAACAAUUGUUUGGCUACCUAACAGGCUAGCGCAGGUGCUUGCACUCUCUAUAUUCUUGAGUUUGCAGUUGAAAUGAUAUUUGAACUGUAUGUGUGUUUGUUUGUUGGCAUAUGCUUAGCUGUUGUACUGCACUGUUUAAAAUUGCAUUUUCCUUAAAUAGGAAACUCAUCAGGCUCCUAUAUUAGCUCCUCCAAUACAAGUUAAAGUGCCAGAACCAUAUAAUUUUAUAGAUCUAUAAGAGUCAUUGUGUCUGUUCCAACACAGUUCAGACAAUCUUAAUUCAUAUGAAAUAAGGUUCUCCAGUUGUGGCUUUUUCUGACCCUACUACCUAGAGUAGCAGCAUGCAGGCAAUUACUUAUACAUUACCGCACUCUCCCUUCAUGAAUAUGUAAUGCAUGACAUCAGAUUAUUAGUGUAUCUUUUCUAUAUAUUAUCCUCUUAUCAUGUCCCUUACUAGGCAUGGAACCACUGUUCUGGAAAACGUAAGCACAACUGGGCCUUACAUAUGUCACACAGAAAUAAUUUGAUGUUCCCCAGUGAUGCUUCUUGUGGUUUUUUUUCCUGUGAAAUUCACAUUGCCAAGAAUGCCUAGACAUGUUUGUUUCCAAAAUCAUAGCCGAAGGAUUUUGGCAAAUAGCCAGCUAUAUAGUGAAGUUUGGCAUUGAGAGUGAAACAUGGAUUGUCAACUUUUCAGUCCAGGGAGAGGCAGUUUGUGCAGCAUAGAAAGGGGAAAAUGAUUUUCAGCUGGCCUAGUAUUUUACUGAUUUAAUGUUACUAGUUUGGCAUAAAAAUCCACAUUGGAUUGACCCUCUCUCUGUGUCAUUUCAUAGACAUGUCUAUGUAGUUUCUGUGACAAGAGUAUAAAAGAGUUUUGUCCUCAUUUUUCUUCUUUCUGAACUAGCUCUGGGAUUUUCCUGGUAGCCUCUUAUCCAGAUUCACUCUGGAAAUUUGGAAAUCAGCAAAACCAUUUAAGCAUUUGCUCCUUUUUAUUUUUAUUUUGUACCAUCAAAGUGAUUUUGUCAGAAGUGAUUUUGCUAAUAGUCAUUCAACUGCAGUCUAUAUGAAAUAUGUUACACAGUGGGAAAAUGAUCCUUUGAAGUUACCCUUUCUUAAUUUUUGAGAGAAAAUAAAUCACAAAGUAUACAGCAUCAGGAAAAGCCUGAAUGGUGCCUUUUUGAUAAUUUUAUCUUAAGCAAAUGUCUGUUUUAUAUGCUACAAAAAUAGUUAUAUGAAUUAUAUUUUUAUACUGCAUGAAUUCUUAUACUAAAACUAAAUUAUAGUGGCUUAAUUUUGUAUUUAUGUUAUUCACUGUUCUUUUACUUUGUUAAAAAUAUGUAUUUCUGAUUUUGUAACGGUGGCAUAUUGAGCCAAAAAAAAAAAAAAGCCAAAAAUGUAUGCUCGCUGAAUGAUUUGCAGCUUGGCUGGAGAAGACUGAACACUUGACAUGUUGUAAGACAUAUUUCCUGUAGCUGUACAGCUGGGAAACAAGAUGAGUGGUUGAUCCUUUAUUUUAUGCUGAUUGGUAUGCUCAUUAGGGAUGAAAAGUCAAAUACACUGCCUUCCUUUUCUCUC